AUGGGCGCCUACAAGUACAUCGAGGAGCUGUGGAGGAAGAAGCAGUCGGACGUGAUGCGCUUCCUGCUGCGGGUGCGCUGCUGGCAGUACCGCCAGCUCUCGGCGCUGCACCGCGCCCCGCGCCCCACCAGGCCCGCCAAGGCGCGCAGGCUGGGCUACAAGGCCAAGCAAGGCUAUGCCAUAUACCGGGUCCGUUCGGUUGCGGAGGGGCGCGCUGGCAGCCACUGUGGGGCCCUGAGGGUCCUGAAUUCCUAUUGGGAUGGUGAAGAUGCUACAUACAAAUUCUUUGAGAUUAUCCUCAUUGAUCCAUUCCAUAAAGCCAUCAGAAGAAACCCUGACACCCAGUGGAUCACCAAACCAGUCCACAAGCACAGGGGGAUGCGGGGGCUGACGUCUGCAGGCAGAAAGAGCCGCGGCCGGGGCAAGGGCCACAAGUUCCACCACACUAUCGGCUCUCGUCGUGCGGCUUGGAGAAGGCGCAAUGCUCUCCAGCUCCACCGCUACCGCUAA